CAGAGAGAAGCUCGCGCGGAGGUAGAGCAUAGGCUAGGCUGCACGGGAGAGGGAGGCAGAGAUCCUACACCACGGCCUUUUUGUAUUUCGUAUGAGCAUAACACAUUGAUUUGCGAAGAUGUGGACGAGUUUAAGGAAACUGCUGCUUUUACAUGUGAUACUCGUGGGGUUUCUGCUGGCCAACGGGACAGAACCAGAGUGUGAAAGCGGCCAGUUUCAGUGCAGUAACGGCAGGUGUAUACCCACUCCAUGGAGAUGUGAUGAUGACGACGAUUGCUCGGACAACAGCGACGAGGAGAACUGCCCAAAAAAGACGUGUGCCACGACAGAUUUUGCAUGUAAGAACGGGCAGUGCGUCCCAGCCCGCUGGAGAUGUGACGGAGAACCUGAGUGUCCAGAUGGUUCAGAUGAAGCAGACUCCACCUGCACAGGUCGGCAGACGUGUCCACCAGAGAAGUUCGAUUGUGGCGGCUCAACAAGCAAGUGUGUGUCGAUGUCAUGGCGCUGUGAUGGCGAAAGGGACUGUGAAAAUGGAGCAGAUGAGGAGCAGUGUGCCGCAGAUGCGAAGGCCUGCCCUGCGAAAGAGUUCCAGUGUCGCAACGGUAUGUGCGUGGCUCCAACAUUUGUCUGCGAUGGGGACGACGAUUGCGGUGAUGGCAGUGACGAGGAGAUGUGCACUGCGGCCACCGCCAGUACCUGCGGCCCGCACGAGUUUCGAUGCAACGACUCGGAGUGCAUCCCAGCGCUGUGGAGCUGCGACGGGGACGCCGACUGCAAAGAUAAAUCAGACGAAUCCAUGGAGCGCUGCAGCCGCAAGACUGAACCUCAGAAGCCCCAGUGCCCCGCCGGGGAGUUCAAAUGCAGGAGCGGAGAAUGCAUUCACCUCAACUGGAAAUGCGACGGAGAUGCAGACUGCAAGGACAAGUCGGAUGAGGCUAACUGUCCUUUGCUGACCUGCCGUCCAGAUGAAUUCCAGUGCGGCGACGGCUCCUGCAUUCAUGGCACUAAACAGUGCAACAGAGUGCACGACUGUCCAGAUUUCAGUGAUGAGGCUGGAUGCAUCAAUAAAACCACAAAAUGCGAAGGUCCACUGAAGUUCCUGUGUAAAAGCGGCGAGUGUAUUGCAAGCAGUAAGGUGUGUGACAAUAUCAAGGAUUGCAAGGACUGGUCCGACGAGCCCAUGAAGGAUUGCGGUCUGAAUGAAUGUGCCAAUAACAAUGGCGGCUGCUCUCACAUAUGUAAGGACCGGAAGAUCGGCUAUGAGUGUGAAUGCCCCUCGGGAUACAAGCUACUGGACAAAAAGACCUGUGGAGACAUAGACGAAUGUGAAAAUCCUGAUGCGUGCAGUCAAAUAUGCAUCAACCUCAAAGGCGACUACAAAUGUGAAUGUUACGAGGGCUAUGAGAUGGACCCGGGUACCAAGACUUGCAAAGCAGUGGGUAAGAGCCCGUACCUCAUGUUUACUAACCGCCACGAGAUCCGCCGCAUUGACCUGGUGAAGAAGGACUACACGCAGGUAGUGCCGACCCUAAAGAAUGCCGUGGCCUUGGAUGUUGACGUUAACACCAAUAAGAUGUACUGGUGUGACCUCUUUCAUCGCAAGAUCUUCAGCGCAUUCAUCAACAAAGCCAGUGAUUCAUCUGAACAGAUUACACUCGUGGAUUCUGCGCUACAUUCCCCAGAGGGUUUAGCAGUUGACUGGAUCCAUAAGAACAUCUACUGGACCGACUCUGGACACAAGACCAUUUCUGUCGCGACCAGCGAAGGCAAAAAGAGAAAGGUGCUGGUUGACACAGAGCUCGGGGAACCACGUGCCAUCGCUCUUGACCCAAGACAAGGGUUCAUGUACUGGUCAGAUUGGGGAACAGAAGCUAAGAUCGAAAAAGCCGGAAUGAACGGGGUGGAUCGGCAGGUUCUGGUCUCAGAGAGGAUCGAGUGGCCCAAUGGCAUCGCCCUCGACCUGUCUAGUAGACGACUCUACUGGGUAGACUCCAAACUUCAUCUUAUCUCCAGUGUGGACCUGAAUGGAGACAAUCGUAGAGUUUUACUGUCAUCCAUGGAUCAUCUAGGCCAUCCCUUUGCUCUGACACUGUUUGAGGACCGGGUUUACUGGACAGACUUGGAGGAUGAGGCUAUCUACAGCGUUAACCGGCUGACAGGACAUGAUGUGGCUAUGCUGGCUCAACAUCUCAACAACCCACUUGAUGUGGUGGUAUUCCACGAGCUCAGGCAGCCCACAGCUCCAGACACCUGUAACAUUGGCAGUUUGCCCAACGGAGGAUGUGAAUAUCUGUGCCUCAGAGCACCUCAAAUCACAGACCACUCACCCAAGUACACGUGUGCCUGCCCGGACAACAUGGAACUGGGCCCGGACAUGCGUCGAUGUGUGACAGUCAAACCCAAGACAACUACAGCUGCCAGUACGACAACCUCUACAACACCAGAACCUUCCACCACCACAACAACUAGACCUUCAACAACCACCACACCCAAAACCCCCAGUACAACCUUACAAACUACACCAACUGCAUCCACAACUACAAUGACAAACACAAGCACUCCUGUUCCCAUGACAACCACCACCAGCCCAAGAACUACCAAAAACUCCAGCCCACUUCAUUUUACAAACACACACUCCACAGCGACCACUCAUUCCAGCACUACAGCAUCAUGGAAACAGCCAACAUCCAACCAGACAACAGCAAACUUCAGACAGACAUCUACAACCGUCGCUGACGGCAAUAGUAUACAAGGGGCCAAUGGCAACCUCUCUCACCGCGCUGGAAGUGGAAAUGAUCACUUUUUCCUCGGUAGCAAUAUAACUGUUGCAGUUCUGGGUAUAGUCAUUCCUAUAGUUCCUAUCCUUGCCACAGUGGUCAUCGGCCUGGUGUGUACCGGAGGAUACCUGGUGUGGCGCAACUGGAGGAGACGGAACACCAAGAGCAUGAACUUCGACAACCCCGUGUACCGCAAGACCACGGAGGAUGACGACGACGAGAUCCACAUCGGCCGCAGCGAGCAGAUCGGCCACGUCUACCCUGCUGUGAGUGGCAGUGCCAGACAGCCGUACCUAGCACUGCCACUGGGGGGCGGUAUCCCCGACCAGUCAGCUCAUUGGUACACUACGACACCUAUGCUUUCCAGUGCAAAGUGAACUAGGGGAGAUGGUUGAUUGGAUAGUGAUGAAAAGAGAGCGGGGCUGGGACUAAGCUCAUCAGAGAUGGCUCGUCGUACGACUAGGAGAGAGAUUGGCCUUACACUGUCCCUUCUGUCAUUCACUCACUCCUUUUAUACAUUAUAUUUAGGCUCAUAAUUCAUAUUUUCAUUCACAUGUUUAAUAAGUGUAAGGAUUGAUUUGUUGUCCGCGCUUCCAUAGUCUUUUGUGUUGUGUGUAAAGCUUUAAAUGCUUUGAAAAGCAUUGCGCUCUCCUGUUAUCCCACAAUUAUUUUCAAUAAUUCAGUUUAGGGUUGAGCGAUGAGCACCUUAAAUGUCUGGACAAUCGUUUCAUAUAUUUAUAGACGUCUUUGUUUUGCAUUAAUUUAUUUGGGUGGUUGUGAUUUAUGCGAUUUAGCAACCGUAGGCGUAAAAUGGCAAAUAUGAACGGGUUGAGCGCAGUUGGGCAGAUGUUGGAUUUUGGCAGCUCGUGACUGAAGCUGAGGUUUCUGCGCUAUAGUUGGCAUGUCAGGCACAAGCAGAGAUAGAGACAUCAGCUGUGCAGCAGAAGUGGGGUGAGCCGUCCCAGUGGCAUAACCGGAUUCUCUCCAGUGGCACACACAUCACAUCCUUCAAAGUGCGUGUGUGUGUGAGCGGGGGUCUACAUAGGGGCUAUUUCUCAGUCCCUCACAGCAAAAACGAAAAACUACCUUAAACCAGCCUGAGAUUUUGUGAUGGUUUUAAAUUUGUAAAAUUCAGGCUGCAAACCUUACCAGACCAGUAAUUCAGUAGUUGUAUUUCUUCCUCCACUGUUUUUCUUUCUCUCUUUUGUUUUCUAUAUUCAUCAGUUAUUUCACUUUUCUUUCUCUCCUUGUGUCCAUGUGUAACUGUUUUUUAUCUGCUCUCUGCAGCGCGUGGCGCUCGGUCCGGACGAUGACGGAUUCCCCUGAGGGCGAUUCUCGCUCUCUCAGCUUCUCCGUCCCAGAAUCCCUCCAUCUUUUAGAUCUCAGCGUCUACUUCCAUCGAUGCCCCUUGGUCUCCUGAGGAGACCACACAAAUACAGUCACAGAGAGCCAAAAGGACAGCAAUCAUUGUGCACAGCUGAGCGAUACAAACUGGGUUUGUCUUCUGAAGUCCCUUAAGGCCUCAAUCGAUCUAACUUGGGCAAUAGUCACUAGUUCUGAAAUGAAAACUACUUCUGUCCAUUCCUGCGCUGUCGUAGCAGUAGUAAGUAGUGCUUUUCAAUGAUGACUAACAUAGUUCAUCACUUGUAGUCGCUAACCCUCAGCGCCUUGUGCCGUAGUUCCUUUCAUUAGACUUUUAUUGCUGGUGUGAGUCGGGCUGUGACCAUAGCAGUUUGUUUCUGUGUAGGAAUGACUACCAGGAGCGCAGGAGGGAAUUAUGGGUAAUUCACUUUGUCAGACUAGGAGAUGCAUAGCAAAAUAAUGAAAUAGGAUGAAAAGGGGCUGGAGAGGAUUUCAUGUAUGCACACACUCUACAAAAAAAUGCACUAUGCAUAUAUAUUUCGCUACAUAAUUUGAGGUUACGCAUUCACACAGAAAACAAUACACCACAAAGCAGAGCUCUGAAUUUUUAAUAUAUUGUCUUUCAUAAUACUUCCAGUGCCAAGACUACUGUUCUUUUAUAUUGAGUCUUCCAUACUCGCUGUAAUCAGACCCUUCAUACAGAUCCGAAUCUGCUGCCUGGAUAUGAAAGGGUUCACAUUACAAUACAUAUGGCAAUACAUAUUGAUAUAAUUCAUAUACAUAUUUAUUUCACCAGCUCUGGGUCUUCCAUGAUUCUCAAUUUUUUCAACUCACAGAUUGGACGAACUUUAAGAAAAAUCCCUGACUAUAAGACUGGCAUUUAAAAUUACACACAAAAUGUAAUACUCGUUUUAACCUAAGGAGGCCGCCAUUUUCUUUAUUAAUGACGUUAAAGGGUUGCACGCAUGUGAAUUUAACAUUCAAGAUAUAUUUAGAUCAUUUAAAGUGCAUUUUGUUUAGAUUAAAAUAUGGCUCUCAGUGAGGGGCUGCUUAUAAACUGCCUGACAGUUAACGUGGUGUGCUCUAAUACAGGAGAUAUCUGUAAAUAUAACCAAACAGCAAGCAUCUUGUUAGUGUGUUUCUCGGUAUUAUCAUAAUGUGUAAAGUAUGCGACAGUGAUGGAUGAUGAUGUCUUAGAUUAUUGAUAUUGUUAUAGUAGACCGAAGUUUGAAGCAUGUUAACUCGAAAGCCGCUCUUCUUAUAUAGCUGACAGGUUGUUGUCAAGAGGACAUACUGCCACCUAGUGUCCCUGUGUGUUUAUAUUGUUUAUUUUCUGUGUUCUCAUUCUACUAAUAAUUACAUGUUUACUUCGCUGUUGCAUUAAGGUCCCCCUGCAUUUGUUAAUUUUAUCACUUAAAACUCUUUAAGCAUUAAACUAGCAUAUGUAAAUGUUUUUUCCUCUGAUAAUAAUUUCUUCAUGCGUUAAAACGACUUGAAUGUAACUUGAGUCUUUGCGCCAUCCUUGCUUAUCUAUAGUCAAAAUCUGUUAACGUGAUUGGUUACGGGGUUAUGAUGUCGUAAACAGAGGCAGUUUCAAACUGCAGUUUUAUGGAGAAAAUACACCACAAUGGUUUAAAAUGAUGAAUUUGCAGAUGAUUUAUCUUAAAGCAUAUUAAAACACCGAAUAGACAUACGUAUACAUUAAAAACUUGAUUUUCACCACAGGGGGACUUUAAGAGAAAAGGUUUGGGUUGCAACCUUUUGACGUCUGGUGUUUUGAUGCCAAACAAAAUGGCGGUCUCCGAGAAGACGUAUUUUUUCAAAGUUUCUUACUUUUACAUUUAUAUAAUCAGUGACAGUUUUGAUGUAUUAAGCCAUAUAUCUCUUUGUAGUUGGGGUACUCUUUAAAUCUUUCUGUCCAGGCACAUUUUCAUCCCCACAAACUGAACUCAGGACAUCGGUUUACAUAUACUGUGGUCUUUAUUAUUACAAUCUGUGUCGUUUGUUUCACAAACACACUAGUAGAUGCGGUAGUCAGGGUUGUUAACGUUUAAAAAGCCGUUUGUUCACAUCUAGAAUCAUACACUAAAACACGCUACUCUCACACAAAUAAAACUGAGUCCUUUCCUCCCCAUGCUCGUCGUGCUUCGGGUAAAACUCUUUAGCAUUUAGCACUCUGACAAAUAAUUGGCUUAAUGGUGUGAUAGAUUAUAGUCAUAGUUCAAAGCAUUGCUCUGAACAGUCGUCUGUGUGACAGAGUCACAGGAAAUGAGGAGUGCCUGAAUAUAUCCUCCUGUACAUCCUCAAGUUCUCCACAAGAUGACAAAUGACUGCUCAGUUAUUUCGGUAUCACUGAAACCAGCUGGUUGGACAGCUGGAACAGGUUUUGAUCUGCAUGAUGAUCACUGUAAGUCUGGUCUGGUUUGAAGGCCGUGUGUUUUAAAGGGAUAGUUCACCCAAAAAUGAAAAUUCUGUCAUGAAUUACUCACACUCUAUAAAUUUCUUUGUUUGGUUGAACACAGAGAAAUAUAUUUGGAUGAAUGCUUGUAACCAAACAGUUCUUGAACCCUAUUGACAACCAUAAUAGGAAAAAUUACAAUGGUAGUCAAAGUGCUCCAGAACUGUUUGCUAUCCGACAUUCUACAAAAUAUCUUCUUUUGUAUUCAAGAGAGCAAAAAAAAGUAAUUUUUCCUACUAUGGUAGUCAAUGGGGUCCAAAAACUUGCUACUUUCAAAUAUUUUUCUUUGUGUUCAUCAUAACAAAUAAAUGUAUACAGAUUUGAAGCAACUCGAACGUGAGUAAAUGAUGACAAAAGAUUUCGGUUGAACUAUGCCUUUAACAGCUGAAAAUUGCAGGCGCUGAAAUAUUGGCUGUGGGCGUUUGACAGUUUUUUCUAAUAUAAGGCACUUUGGUUGCUAUGAUACAGAAUAUUUUCUGUAGUAAUGUGGUGGUAUGAUCUGAUUUCACAGAUGAUUAGUUUAAUCAACAAAUAUUAAUAUUGUGGUAAUCCAGGGAUUUCAUCUCAUAUCGUCACACAGAAAUGGAAUGAAAUAUUAACUUCUGCAUUGUUUUCAACCUUUCUACAUGUAGGAAGUAUAAUUGGUUGUUGUAUUUGUCCUGCCUGUGAUUGGACAGCUGAGUGAAAAGUGACAUCGACCAGUACAGCAUUUUACCCAAAGCUGAAGAUUUUUCAAAGCUUGGUGAGCAAAAAUACAGACAAAUACUUACACUUGAAAGGAAGAAAACUGGAAAAAAAACUUUUUGGUGGACGCAUGGCCUAACGGUAAUGGUUUUUAAAGGGACAGUUCACCCAAAAAUGAAAAUUUAGUCAUCUUUUACUCACCCUCUUGUCAUUUUAAAUCUGUAUGUGUUACUUUCUUCUGUAGAACAUAUAAGAACAGUUCUUGGUAACCGAACAGAGGUACCCAUUGACUAAAAUUGGUUUUGUGUCUAUAGCCUACAAUAGAAGUAAAUGGGGACCGCCGUUGUUUGGUUACCAAUAUUCUUUAAAAUAUCUUUUUUUGUGUUCUGCAGAAGAAAGUCAUACAGGUUUAAAAUGUCAAGAGGGUGAGUGACUGAAGACAGAAUGUUCAUUUUUGCGUGAACUAUCACUUUUGAUAAGUUCUGGUAGAGAUUAAAGCUUGGCAUGUGGCUCUAUGCAUGGAGUUUUACCGGAAUAUGUUGUUAGAUUGAGGUAGUAUUUUAUGAAUGGCCCUGUUUGACCACUAAAGGUCACCGACCGGUACACACGUCUACCUGAGCGUUCAUCUUUGUUUCUACCCAUCAUGUGGGUGGUCUCGUGCUUGGAGCUUCUCUCGGUUUCUGCCACCUUUGCUCCUUUCCGCUAUGAUGCUGCGUUUCAUGUGCACCGCUUGUAAAGCAUUCCUCUAUGGGUAUUUGAAGUUCAUUUUCUGAACACGGUGGGCUUUUAGACUGCUGAGAGAUAAAAGAUGGUUAACAGAUAGGCCUACUAUUGUCAUCGUUGUUGUAAUUCAUUUUCAUGAGUUCUUAUCAUCGUUUCUCAUGUCAGACUGUUUACAUUUCAGUACAAUUGUGAAAAUGUGAAACACUUUAGUUUUUGAUUCGAAUGAAUCUCAGACUAGCAAUACAGGGUAAGCAUCGCUUCACGUGUUUUUAAAGGCUGCGGAAGGCUGCGUGUGGUAUCAUAAAUUAUUCUUGGAUUGCUCUUGGUUAAACUUCCUCUUUAGGCGAUACGCACAUCGGUUAUUUUUUCUGACCCCCAGCGUCAUAGCUGCUGUUCUAGAGUUAGCUCAAGAUCUUUCAAACUUUGUCCCAUUGAGCUUUCUAGCCAUCAGGGUUUCUACUAACACUUGUCUUAGCGUGUUAUGAAUGAUAAUUUAGGUGUCCUGACAUCGGUGUGGUCACAGAAGGUUCUAACAGGCUUUUAGACCUUUCGCAAACAGAUUCUCUGCCUCUCUGUAGAUAAUAACCAGAGCUUUGUGACCGUCGUCCGUCAUUCUUACUCUAUGCAUAUGUAACGGCGAGUCCCGCCUUCCUAUAGCACUGCAGGGACCCGCCACGCUGCUCCACCACCCCAUCCACUGUGACUAACAUCCGUCAUGUCCGUAACCCCUCCUCAUCACCGUCUACCCCAUUCCCAUCAGCCCAACAAGUAGGACGUCGCUUUGGAAAGGGCUAACUUUCUCUCACAACAGACGACACACUGGAUAAAUGAGCUGGGACCUCUCCUGAAACACUGGAUUUCGAUGUAGAACUGAACCUCUUACAGACGAGUCCGGUCCUCCACAUCCCUGCUAACAUUCCGCGUCUGUAACCUGUGGAAAAGAUGACCUGAGUUUGAUUUCACCUCUGAGAUCAUGUCGACAUGAUGUUUAUUACUUGAACUGUUUGGGGUUAUUUUGUACGAUAUGUAGGUUUUACAUUUUAGGAGAGGGGAAGGAGUCGCGUCAUGUGAGAAAACCGUGGGGUCAUUUUUUAAGUUUUGUACGCUGUUUGUUGCACAAACUUUUCGAGAAGCCUUCUGCACUGUGUAAAUGGUUACAUAGGAUGGGGUGACAGACGCAGUUCAACGAGUCCCAAUCACGAUUUGUAAAUAUGUUUUCAUACAGCAAACUUUUGAUAAAGUUUUAAACAUUUCUUGUAAAAAAAGAUGUGUAUAUUAGUCUCCUGGAUGAAAGUGUGUAGACCAUGGAUUUAUUUGUACUCGAGAGCACUGGAUUUCUUUACUACUUGAUUGUAACUAAAAUGAAUAAUCUGCCAAAGUGUUAUUUUCAUUUUUUAUCCUACUUUUCGUUUUUCCUAUUUAAAUUUAAUGUUUGCUUUUUAACCUUAAAACAUUGCAGAGAUAGGCUGUUUAAUUUCUAUUUGUACAUUUAUUUAAUAGAUAAAUUAAAUUGUAAUUCUAUUUAAUAGAUUCCGCUCUGUGUUGAAAGAGAGGGUUACAGUUUAAUUUAUUGGUGCCUUGUUUGUGUUCAUGUACAUUUUAAAAUAAUGUUUUAUUUGUGUUUGUGUCUGCGGGUGGGAGUCUUUGGGAAAAGGGAGGGGUUUAACGUUAGCAACACUGUACUUACAUGAAAUAUCUGUACUGUAUGCCAAAAUGGUCUCACUCACGUUUCUAUGAAAUUCGAGCUGUUGAUAAAUAUCUAUAUAUUGAUAUAUUAAAUUGUUAAAAUCA